CUUGUUGAAGAUGAGGGGUUAGAACUAGAUGAUCUUCAAGUCCUUUCCAACCCAAACCAUUCUAUGAGUCUAUGUUCAGAUGCUUUUCUCUCAAGCUUUCGUUGUGAAGCGGGGUUUUCUCUGACCAGCACCAGCCUUAUGAGCAAAGAGUGAGCCUUCAUCUUCCAAACUGGUGUCAGGAGUGGCAGUGGGGUUCUCAGCGUCCAAAAUCUCCAUGUCCUUUGUGUUUUGCCUAAUGCCCUCUUGUGAAACCAAAAUGGAGCAAGCAGGAAUGAGAAGCAAACCAGAAACCCCCCUUCCAACCAGAGCUGGAGCACGGGCUUGGCGCUGCCUUCCCCAUCCUCUCCUGCCUGCUCUUUGCUUUCCUACCUCUGUUGGGUUUUGUAUCCUGGUAACACCACUCGUGUUAAGGUACAGAAAACUCCCUGCGGUCCUUCAAGCUCCCGAGAGGGCUGUAGCUCUGGGAAGCAUGAACAAAACUCACCCCCAGAGAAAUGGUGAUGUAGCUACUUGGGGUUCAACAAAGUCCUUCUCUGAAGAAAGAGGCUGCUGCCGGCCAUGCAGUGCCCGCACAGGCUGCACACAGAGGUGUGUCUGCAUCACUGCUGUGGCACUGCUCAUCCUCGCUGCCACCGUGGGCUUGGCGGUGGCACUGGGGCUCCAGCCACGCGCACCAGCAACCCGCUUCUGUGUAGCCUCCAGCAACCAGACAGGCUUCUUGUGUGAUGACAGAGCGACCUGUAUCAAGGCCAGCCAGGUCUGUGACGGAGCCAGCAACUGCAGGAACAGUGAGGAUGAGCAGGAGCAGCUCUGUGGUGACUUGCCCCACAGCCUGCCGGGAUACCUGGUUUUCCACUGCAGUAACCCCAGGUACUGGGUCUAUGCCAACCAAAGGUGUAACGGGAUGAACGACUGCGGAGACUGCUCGGAUGAGAUGGGGAGCUCGGCCGCCUGCCCCCUGUGCGGGUCGGGGUGGUGGAGCUGCAGCCCUGUGCUCUACGAGUACUGCUCCUGCAUCCCCCGGAGGCUGUGCCGGGACAGCAUCCAGCACUGCCUCGACUGGUCCGAUGAGUAUGUCUGCACACCAUGA